AUGAGCGCCAUACGAAGAACUUUUGUUAACCUGAAUAUAGAUAUCUUCGGAAAGAUAUAUCAAACAUUCGUGCGGCCGCAUCCGGAAUAUGCUAUUCAGGCCUGGCGGCCUUGGCUGCAGAAAGACAAAGGGAUUAUUGAAGGUGUUCAAAGACGUGCUACCAAGGCGAUCCAUGAACUUAAGCAAUUCACAUACGAACGGCGUGAGAACAACAGAGGUGACCUCAUAGCAAAGUUACAGUUACUACGAGAAACCGGUAUGGAUGUCAAGUUGGAGGAUCUCUUUCAAACGGCCCCAAGAAGGAAGCUCAGAAGACACGACUGCCAGUUGAAGGAGAAACUCCUUGCCAGAUGCACAGUCACCAAACAUGAAUGA